GACUGCUGCCACACACUGCGCUCAGUGCAGCGAUACGGACACACUGCGCAGUACUUCGCGUCUCUUAUUAAUAACACUGGGAUUAUUUCAGCGCUUUCCUGCAGGAGUGACAGUGAACUAAACAGAGAGACGAAGGCAGACCUCAGCAGACCCUCAUUUAACAGGAUUUAACCCGCGUUUUCUGCGCGCCUAUAGCGAGUUGCGCCCCGUUGUGCGGACAAAGUUUAUUUCUUCUUCACGGUCCCACAUGAAGCUGGACCGGAGUUUGAAUUAACACACCAUUCAGAAUAUAGGCCUAUCUAUGUGACGGCACACAGAACCAUGGUGAAAACCGUAUGGAGAUAGACAUCCUCUUUCCAACAAGGGAAAAGGAACUAUUUCUCGUGACAUCCUCUCUUCCCCCCCAAGCUCUCCUCUGGAAGCGUGUCCAAUAUUUAAACACAUUUGCCCAGCAUGGCAUCCAGCCUGACGUGCACCGGGAUGAUCUGGGCUCUGGUGUCCCUGCUGAGCGCAGCAGCUUCGUGUGUGGGGUUCUUCAUGCCCUACUGGCUGCUGGGCUCACAGAUGGAUAAGCCGGUGUCCUUCGGCACUUUCCGGCGGUGCUCGUAUCCCGUGCGGGACGAGGAGAGGCAGGCUACGGUCAUGCUGGAGCAGUGCGGGCGCUACGCGAGCUUUCAGGGCAUCCCGAGCGUGGAGUGGCGGAUCUGUACGGUGGUGACGGGGGUGGGAUGCGGCCUGCUGUUGCUGGUGGCGCUCACGGCGCUCAUGGGCUGCUGCAUAUCAGAGCUCAUCUCCAGAACCAUUGGACGCGCUGCAGGGGGCAUGCAGUUCCUUGGAGGUCUGCUCAUCGGUUCAGGCUGUGCUCUGUAUCCUCUCGGGUGGGACAGUGAGGAGGUCCGACAGACAUGUAACAACAGCUCAGAUCAGUUUGAACUUGGCUCUUGUCAGAUUGGCUGGGCAUAUUACUGCACCGGGGCGGGCGGCGCCACCGCCAUGUUGCUGUGCACUUGGCUCGCUUGUUUCGCAGGGAAGAAACAAAAGCAAUAUCCGUACUAGAAGAACCGACCUCAACGACAGCCUGAACCACAGCAGGAUGGAUGCCUUAGACUCAGUGGAGACGGGUUCAUGAUGGCUUUCCUCAAUUACUGCAACUCCGACUCAUAAAGACUCAUAAUGCUCAUACGGACAUUUUUGUGAUUAAUAUGAGCAUGCACUUUUCAAAGAGACGUGAUUUUUGACAGUACUUCCUCUGCUCUCUAAAAAACUAGAGAGUGUUUAACAAAAAGGACCAAUUAUUGUUUGUUUUUUUGUUUUGUUUUUCAUUAUUAUCACUGUUAUGAAUUUCACAGGCGUGCUUGUUUCUUUUUUUCUUUCUCUGGAAUUGAUAUUGUAAAAGUAAGCUUUGGUUCAAGUGUAAAAAGAUGGAUAAAAGUUUACUUGAAGUCUGUAUAUAUAAUGUAUUAGUAUUAUGCCCAAUAAUACAUCUUAUAAUCACUUGUAUAUUAAAGAGCUUUAAAUAAUAAAAUGCAUUAGAAAUUAGGCUUUAUUUUGAAAAAUAUUUAAUCAAUAUUACAUUUAAGAUAGAUAAAAUAGAUAGAUACCAUUACUUAAUAAAUAUUAUAAAUACUUAAAGAUAAAGGAAUAAAGAUUUAUAAUGCUUUAAAAAUACCUUCAUACCUUAUAUAUGCAGACUUUAUGUAUGCUUGAGAUAUAUUUAUCAUUAUUGUGGAGUGUUUAUAUUUACAUAUCCAUUGUGAAUUGCAAUAAUAUUCAUGGUUAAUAUCUCUAUAUUAUCUUUUUUGUUUAAAGCUUGACAUUUUUAUAUAAACGUAUGCUAGAUAUAUAGAGUACAAUAUAUGUUCUAAAACAUGUUUUUAUCUUGUUGACAUAUUGUGUUAAAAAGAUGAAAAGGAGAAGUCAUUGCUUAUUUGAUUACAAUUUUGUUUGUGAAUAAAAUCGGUGUAUCUACA